AUGGCUUUUAUGAUGUCUGGCAAUAACUGCACUGUUGUGACUGAAUUUAUUGUUUUGGGGUUGACAGAUGAUCCAACCCUUUGUGUCAUUCUCUUUGUGAUAUUUCUAGCUGUUUAUGCUCUCACACUAGUUGGUAACCUUAGCAUAAUCAUAUUGAUUAGAUAUAGCUCCCAACUUCACACUCCAAUGUACCUUUUUCUUAGCCACUUGGCUUUUGUAGAUACUGCUUAUUCCUCAUCUGUCACACCUGUUAUGCUUAAGAACUUCCUUGUGGACAAAAUCUCAAUUCCUCUGGGAGGCUGUGUGGCCCAAAUGUUCUGUGGAGCCACCUUUGGAACGACUGAAUGCUUCCUGCUUGCCGUGAUGGCCUAUGACCGGUAUGUGGCCAUCUGUAGCCCCUUACUCUACUCCACCAUCAUGUCUACAAGGGUCUCUACUCUGCUACUCAUUAUAUCCUACCUGGGUGGUUGUGUAAAUGCUUGGAUUUUCAUUGGCUGCUUAUUGAAUCGGUCCUUCUGUGGAUCCAAUCAGAUCAAUCAUUUUUGCUGUGAUUAUUUACCAGUUUUGAAGCUUUCUUCCUACCAAGAUGAUCUUGCUGAAAUUCUUCCUGCUACUUCUGCUGGGUCAGUAAUGGCAACCACAGUGUUAAUUAUCAUAAUCUCUUAUGUAUAUAUCCUCUCCUCAGUCCUGAAGAUAAGUUCCAUAGAGGGGAGAUCCAAAGCUUUCUCAACUUGUAGCUCCCAUCUCACAGCAGUUACUCUGUUCUAUGGGACCACUACAUUCAUUUAUGUGCUGCCCAAGUCCAGCUAUUCAACAGAGGAGAAUAAAGUGGUAUCUGUUUUCUACAUUGUGAUGAUCCCCAUGUUGAACCCCCUGAUCUAUAGUCUGAGAAACAGUGAAGUAAAAGGGGCUCUGAGAAAACUGAUGAGUAGAAAAUAUCCAUUUUUGUGAAUUCUUUUCAGUACAAAAAGUAUUGAUUUCAUACUCUGCACCUGGCACUGUGCUC